AUAGUCGCUGCCCUGGAAGGUGUGUUCCGGGCCCUGGGCUUUGAAAGCUGUGAGAGGAGGCAGGCUUCAGUCCAGGGCUUUCUUGAGGAGCUGGUUUGGUUUCGGGAGUGGCUGGAUGCCCGUGGGGGUCCUAUGGGCUGUGCCAUCGUGGCCUUGGUUGCCCCAAAUGGGCAACUGAGGCACCCAGGGCAGCUGAUCUGGGAGCUGAGCCGCUGUGAGGCCCUGCAGGGCUGCCCCAAAGUCUUCCUGCUGCUCUCCAGUGGCUCCAGGGCCACCCCAGAGCCUGGAGCCUUCCUUGCUGGCUUGAGAGAGCUCUGUGGCUGUUUUCCUCACUGGUCCCUGGUGCAGCUACUGACGGAGCUCUUCUGCAGGAUGGCUAAAGCGUCUGCAGGGGGUACCUGCUGCCCCAUCCUCCAGAGCUCCUUGCGGGGAACACUGUGCCUAAGAGACGUGGAGCCCUGGAUGCCUGAGCCAGUCGCUGGACUCAGCACUCAGUAUGACCUAUCCAGGGCCAAGGUUGCCCUCCUCCUGGCUGUGAUCCAAGGCCGGCCUGGGGCCCAGCAUGAUGUGGAGGCACUGGGGAGGCUGUGCCAGACUCUAGGCUUCGAGACCACCCUGAGGAUGGACCCUACGGCUCAGGCUUUCCAGAAGGAACUGGCCCAGUUCCGGGAACAGUUGGACACCCACAGUAGCCCUGUGAGCUGUGCCCUUGUGGCCCUGAUGGCACAUGGGGGGCCACAGGGACAGUUGGUGGGGGCUGAUGGGCAAGAGGUACAGCUGGAGGUGCUAAAACAGGAGCUGAGCCAUUGCCGGGCACUACAGGACCACCCCAAGAUCUUCCUACUGCAGGCCUGCCGCGGGGGGAACAGGGACACUGGCGUGGGGCCCACAGCUCUCCCCUGGUACUGGCGCUGGCUGCAGGCACCUCCAGCCAUCCCUUCCCAUGCAGAUGUCCUCCAGAUCUAUGCUGAUGCCAAAGGCAGCCUCUCCAGGGACUCCCCCCUGGGCAGUUCUGACCAAGCUGACAUCCUGACAGUCUAUUCUGCUGCUGAGGGCUAUGUGGCCUAUCGAGAUGAGAAGGGCUCAGACUUUAUCCAGACGCUGGUGGAGGUCCUCCAAGCCAACCCAGGGAGAGACCUCAUGGAGCUGCUGACUGAGGUCAACAGGCAGAUAUGUGAGCACGACGUGCUGGGCCCGGACGGUGAUGAACUCCGCAAGGCCUGCCUGGAGAUCCGCAGCUCACUAAGGCACCGGCUUUGCCUGCAGGCUUGA